CUCAAUAAGCCACGCACGCUAAGCGGAGAAUCCGCACGGUCAUAUGUACUAGGUAUCUACCUAAGGUACACCCCAAGGUCACCGAUCGAUCCAUCUCAAGGGAGAUAAGUACCUACCUACUCGCUACCUACCUACAAUACAUAGGUCAGACACCAUAUUUUCUGUACAUUACCUUUUUUUUUCCCACUGCGAUCAAUUUUUUUUGGUCCCUCGCCUAUUCUUCGUCGCAUCCUGAGAUUUUCAUUGUACUGGGGGAUUCUCCCUGUGUGGUAGACUGCUUAUCUCUUUUCGGCCCUCAGUCUCGACCCUGUGCGCUGAGCGAGUGUGUUUGCCGUGAGGUUCGACUGGACCACUUUAGUGCCCAGGCCCGGUUAGAGGAGGUCACUUGGACAGCGUUGUGUCGUUGGAUUGAAGCCGAGGAAAGCGCGGGCUGUGAAUGAAGGAAUAGGAAGAAACCAAAAAGGCUCAAGCAAGAGAGGAGAGGGAUUUAUUUUAUUUGAACCACCCCCGGAAACAGCAAAAUGUGUCAAGGACAUAUGCACGAGUUCCUCAAGGCUCUGCCCAAGUGCGAGCACCACAUGCAUCUCGAAGGCUCGCUCGAGCCCUCGCUCCUCUUCGACCUGGCCGCGCGGAACAACAUCUCGCUCCCGUCACCGGCGGAAGAUCCGUCGUUCGAAUCGAUCGACACGCUGCUGGCCCGGUACCAGCGCUUCACGUCGCUGGACGACUUCCUGCACUACUACUUCAUCGGCAUGUCGGUGCUGGUGACGCCGGCGGACUUUGAGGCCCUGGCGUACGAGUACUUCCGCCGCGCGCACCGGGACGGGGUGGUGCACGCCGAGGUCUUCUUCGACCCGCAGGCGCACACGUCGCGGGGCGUGGCGUACGCGGCGAUCGUGGACGGCUUCGCGGCGGCGCAGCGGCGCGCGCGCGCGGACUUCGCCAUCACGUCGGAGCUGAUCGUGUGCGUGCUCCGCCACCUGCCGGUCGAGGACGGGGCGCGCAUGUACCGCGACGCGAUCCCGCACCUGGAGUCGGGCGUGGUGCGCGGGCUGGGCCUGUCGUCGACCGAGAAGGGCAACCCGCCGCACCUGUACCGCGACAUCUACGCCGACGCCGCGGCGCGCGGGUUCCGCCGCACCGCCCACGCCGGCGAGGAGGCCGGCGUCGACUACAUGGCCUCGGCGCUGCACCACCUCGACGUCAUGCGCGUCGACCACGGCAUCAAGCUGCCCGAGGACGCGGCCGUCAUGGCCCUCUUCGCCCAGCGCGGCAUCAUGGUCACCAUGUGCCCGCUGUCCAACGUCGAGCUGCGCUGCGUCCCCACCGUCGCCGCCCUGCCCAUCCGCACCUACCUGGACAACGGCGUCCGGUUCAGCAUCAACAGCGACGACCCGGCCUAUUUCGGCGGCUACGUCCUCGACAACCACUGCGCCGUGCAGGACGCCUUUGGGCUGGACAAGAAGGAGUGGGAGCGCAUCGCCGGCCACGCCAUCGACGGCAGCUGGUGCAGCGACGAGAGGAAGGCCGAGCUGCGGAAACACCUCGAGGAUGUCAUGGUGAGGUUUCAGGACUAG